AGCUUCUUCCUGUUUGUCUGUAUGUUCACUGAUUUCUAAAAACGCGCAUGCAACCUGACUGAUUUCCACAAUCUGGAGCUAUUGGUACAGACAGUUUGGGCUUCUACUCUGUCUGCUGAAGAUCAUGUCUUUGUUUCAGUAAACCUGUAGAUUGAAUACGACCAGUUCGCGCCAAACCAUCUUGUGGACGGGUGACAUCCGGCGUACUUAUUAGCCAUAGUUUGCUGCGUGUUUCAUUAGUGAACUCGAGUUAACUUGUUAUUGUUUGGAAAUAUGGCAUGUGCUACGCUUAAACGAACCCAUAACUUUGACAUCAUGGAAGCGACUUGUUCCAAAAGAAGGCGAUACCAAGCUUUAACUCGGAACUGCAACACGGAAGCAGCAGCGUCAGAAUCCCCAUUCAUCCCGAAGGAGUUAUCAACCCAAACUCAAUUGAAACGGCGCAUCAAGGAGGAAAUCAAACGUCUACAACGACGUCGUUUGAUACCACGAUUUCUUGGAGGUCCCACCCCGGCAAUCACUGCGACAUUCGCCGGUCAUGCAAAAGAUGAAAACGUGGUUGCUUCGUGCAGUGGUAGUUUUCGAUCCAUGGCAUUGCGGUCACCUACUUCAGAUAGCCAAGACUCGGAUAGUGAUCAGUCACCUUUGCGUACCAGUGAACCGAUAUUCCAAACACUUGAGAAUGUCUCAGUUGUCUCCUCACAAUCUUCUUUGAAACCUACACGUACCAUCGAUUCAAUGCCGAUCUUCACCUUACCCCAGGUUACGGCUCUUUGUGAGCGCUUAAUCAAAGAACGAGAAGCAGAGUUACGAGAAGAGUAUGACAGUAUAUUAUCUUGUAAAUUAGCAGAACAAUAUGAAGCAUUUCUGAAGUUCAAUCACGAUCAACUCUACAGUCGAUUUCAGAACUCCCCAAUGAGUUAUGUGUCCUGAGAAAUUUCACGUAAACAGCACGAUAGAAUUUUCUAUCCCCCAAAACUAUCUACUGCCUUCCAUCUGGUACUGCAUUAUUGUUGGACUGCUUGAGUUAUUCUGAAGAUCAACUUUAACCUUGUGUUCUUGUUUCUCACGUGCAACCUCAACUGCCUUUUCCCGAUCUCUAAGCGUUUGCCAACCACAUUGUUUCUUGUGUUUCAAAAAUUUAUCAUAAUUGUACUCGUAUAGCUAGUACGCGCCAUACGUUGCAUGUAAUGGGAAUUGUCAGAUCAAUGCUCAACUAUUUUCUGUAUCUCUUACCAUAUAUUCUCUGUGAUGAAUAAUUUUGAAGGCCUGUUAACAUCCUUAGAAGUUUUACGCCUUUUAAAUUAAGUAAACCUGGUAAAUAAAUGUGAUCGUUCUC